UAGCUGCUUAGCCCAGUGGACCAUUUCACGUACUGCUCACAAUGCAGACUACCUUGCUCAACCGUGCUCGCGGUGCCGCCUUCAGGGCGUCGAGGCCCAAUGGCUGCAACCGGUCGGUUGUGGUCGUCCGCGCGACUGCAGAGGCCGUCGUCGAGAGGAAGGAGAGGAAGCUGAGCCCGCUGGAGCGCGGUGGCACCCUCUCUGGUGACCAGGCCGCUGGAAAGGAUGCUGGUGGUAAGGCUCGCGCCAUGGCAGUAGGCGCAAGCACUCCUGCCACAAUUCUACAAAUCGUGGACGGCCGCUUCCGCGACGACCGCUGGAUCGGCGGACGCUGGGACCUUAACCAGUUUAAGAACGCACAGGGCGAAGUUGACUGGGACAAGGUGAUCGAUGCCGAGAUGGCCCGCCGCAAGCUGCUGGAGGAUACCCCCAUCCCCUCCAUCAACGAGGAGCCCGUCAACUUUGACACCAGCGAGAUCCCCUGGUGGGCCUGGGUCAAGCGCUUCCACCUGCCCGAGGCUGAGAAGCUGAACGGCCGCGCCGCCAUGGUGGGCUACAUCCUGGGCCUCUUCGUGGACCAGCUGACGGGCGCGGGGCUGGUGGACCAGCAGAGCUCCUUCCUGGGUAAGCUGGCGCUGUUUGCGUGCGUGCUGGGCGUGCUGCUGGUGCGCAAGAGCGAGGAUAUUGAGAAGUUCAAGGGCCUGCUGGAUGAGGCGACCUUCUACGACAAGCAGUGGAACGCCACCUGGGAGGGCGUCAAGCGGCCCUCGGAGGAGCAGUAAGGAGGCGGCGUCGAUAGGCUGGCCUUUUAGUUAGUUGGGGUGGUGGUGACGACGACGCGGUGGUGUCUUUGACUGACUGGUUGGUAGCUGGGUGCCCCUCGGUGUGGGAACACAUGGCUCGCUCCCAAGUUUUCUUGGCCGGAGAGCGGGUCGCGUGUGUGGUCUUGUAGUGACGUCUCAGUAAAUACAGGCGUGCUUGAGAUUUGCCCGCUGCUAUACUGUGGAUUGACUCUUCUUUGGCGUGUGUGGCUUGUGUCUCUGUUUGACUUUAUGUUUGUGUGAUAACGAAUGACCGACGCUUUUGACGCUUUGGUGGUGCUGCUUUUGCUUAGACGACUGAGUGACAGACAUGGCAUUCUUUUGGAGGUUGGGUUCGGAGGAGGUUGGCGACAGGACUGCGGGACUGUGAUCCCGUAAAGGGAGGCAGUGUCGAUACUUGGCCUCCGGCAGUGGUGAGGAUUGGCCUCUCGUAGGACGAUGGUAUAGGAUCUCGCUCGCUUACUCUCAUAUAGCAUACGCCUAGUUCGUGCACUGAGUGUGGUUUGGCUUCGGAGGUAGGGAUACGGCCGGGCACUGCCGUGCCAUAUGUAAGGCGGCAUAAUGCAGCCUGGCUGGGAUCGUAUCGGUAAACGGACACAUGGGGUCUUCGUGUUGGAGACGGUAACCAGAUUAUGAUGACCUUCUAAGUGCCCCAGCGCAAAGGUAUGCGGUAG